CGAUGCAGUAACAAGUGAUAAGAAAGGAGUCUUUUGAUUGUGAUAUAUGUCGUGAUCGGGUAGGUCUUUAGUAAGCUGUACCCGACUGGCAGGCCUCUCGGUGCACACACAAUGUGAACGAACAGUGAAGAGAAUCACUGACUGUGACGGUGGGACUGGUGAGGAUAUAAACACUGAGGCGACGCAAGUGAGCCAAAGGCUGCGCCAGUUGUCUCCCCCCAUUAGUUCCUCCUGCUGUCUGACGACUGUAGACGUGUUACACUCUCUCCUCAACAUGGACGUGCUGGGACUCGUCGAUGUUCCUGUGUGGCUGAUGUUGCUCAUCAUACUAGUGCUGACACUCUAUGUGUGCACGACAUGGAACCACGGCAUGUUUACGAGUCUGGGAAUACCUGGCCCCAAACCUGUACCAUUCUUGGGAAAUGCAAAGGACAUCGCGAAAAAGGGUUUUAUUUAUACACUUAUAGAUUGGAGAAAACAAUAUGGUCACGUGUUUGGAACCUUCUUCAUAUUUAAGCCCAUGCUUGUUGUCAGUGAUCUUGACAUAGUGAAAGAAAUACUGGUCAAGGACUUCAACAAUUUUGUGGACAGAUUCUUUGUAGCUGACAUCUUCCCGACGAUAGUAACCAAGGGACUAUUUUUCACCGGAGGUUCAACGUGGAAGCGUCUUCGUAGGCUGAUGACACCUACGUUCACUGCCGGCAAGUUGAAGAACAUGAGUCAUUUCAUGGACCGAUGUGCUAAAAUUCUGAAGGACAAUCUCCGGGAAAAAACGAAUCAAAAAGAAGUGAUUGACACCAAAGAUGUCUUUGGCGCCUUCACCAUGGACGUGGUUGCGGGGACGGCAUUCGGACUGGAGACCAACUCCCAGACACAACCUGCCGAGCCCUUCGUCCAAAGCAUGAAGAACAUGUUCUACAAAAUGUCAGGAAGCAGAAACCUAUGGGCCACAUUCUUCGGAAUGUUCCCGUUUAUGAGUCCACUCAUAAGGAGAUUGGGCAAAGGCAUAUUCACGGGAGAAGAGUCUGACUUUCUCGUCAACUCCGUGUACAGGAUGGUCGACGAAAGACGACAAGCAAUAGAAGACGAAAAGCGCACAGACUUCCUACAGCUGCUAGUCAAUGCCGAGGACACUGGGUUGGACGUCAGUCAGAAACGUAUGACAAGGGAGGAGGUUGCAGGUCAAGGCUUUAAUAUUCUGAUCGCCGGGUACGAGACAACGGCCACCACCCUGCAGUACCUGACCUACAACCUGGCCAAGAACCAGGACGUUCAGCAGCGAGUGUACGAGGAGAUGAGAGACGAGCUGGGUGAUGAGGACCCGACCUACGACAACGUGGGCAGACUGAAGUACCUGGACAACGUCAUCCACGAGACACUCCGGGUCUUCCCACCUGUGCCAUUGAUCACCAGAAAAGCAUUGGAGUCAAGAACCAUUAAAGGAGUGACCAUUCCCGCCGGUAUGGGAGUAGGUAUUCCCAUCUACAGCAUGAUGCAUGACCCUGAUUACUUCGACGACCCAGAGGAAUUCCGGCCUGAAAGGUUUAGUGAGCUAAAAAGCUCCAAGCUACCCAGCAUUCUCCUGGAGCUGGCCUUUGGCUACGGUCCACGUCAGUGUAUCGGCAUGCGCCUGGCGCUUCUGGAAAUCAAGUUUGCUGCCGUGCGCAUCCUGCGUCACUUCCGGUUUCUUCCGUGCGAAGACACGCCGGACAAGAUCGAAUUUGGGAAAUCUGGAUUCACUUCACCCACGAAACCUAUCAAGCUGAGAACCGAACUCCGCGAGUGACAUCAGGAUGCCUCUCUCGAGGAACUGGAACCGUGCAUGUGAUGAACUGUGUUCUUGACACUAUAUUGAGUUCAAAUGUUUGCUCUCACGGAAAGUGAUGUCAACUAUCUGUGUACUGCACAGUUCCUAGCCUUUAUUAACCUGUGUAUCUAUAACUAUAGUCUUAACAAUAAUGUAGUGCGCUAUGAAUAGAGAUUUCAGAGUAAUGUCAAAUGACAAUCAUUUGAUUAAAGCUUGCGGAUUUUAAAUGAUAAAGACCCUCUUGUUACAGCAAUCGUCGUUUGAAAAGGUUGUUUUCAUUUUUCUUAAGUCAGCUCGAGUGUAGCAAGCUAAGCUGUUAAAAUAAAAGUCACAGCUGACAGCAAAUGAUAUUUUAUUAUACAUACCCAUAAACGAUACAUUAUGUUAAAAUAUGAUAUGAAAUUAUAAAUUAUAUACACUUUAUUUGCAUAAAAAUGUUUAUUUUUUCAUUUAUAAUGGUCAGUUGCAUAGAAAUUUCACUUUUGCUUACUGGCACCUGUUCCCGUUUAGUGUAAGUUCCACGUAAGUUUAAUUGUCACAUUCAAUUACACACUUUUUUUAAGCUCACUACCUUUGUGCGUUUCUAGAAAAUUUUGUAAUCGAUUUCACCCAGUCAAAGGUCUAAAAUUUUCACUAAUUACUUAUUUCCGGUGACAGUUAAAUCAUUUCCAUCAGUUGACAAAUAGUAAAAAUCAUUUUAAUGAUUUGUAAAAAUUUUGUAUGAGAACAUUGUUAUUAUUAUAGAGGUAACUGCUUCUCUAGAACUAGUGAAUUAUCUCCCCUGAUUCGGCUUAUGACGAAAUAAAAAAUA